ACCCAACAUUCACAGCUUCAAGCGCUCAAUUGGGUGGCCAAGACGGUCAAGGCCAAAAGAUGGCUCAGCAGGGCUAUAGCCGAGCAAGCUAUAUACCGCAAAGUCACCGAAAUUCCUUCUCGGCUGCGUCGUAUAGCAAGCAAUUCGGUGUCCCACCUCCACAUGCCCCUCCUCAGCACGCAACAGGCAGCGGUGGUGCUAGUAGUGGCAGGCGAUAUUCGGCGAGACUGCCAUGGCCGUGCUAUGCGCUUGAUUAUGCUAUGAGUGCUGGUGGUGCGCGUGGCAAGAUUGCCGUUGGUUCAUUCACGGAUGAUGCAGGGAAUCGCUUGCAAGUCCUAGGUCAUGGUCUUGAUGGUGAACUCAUCAAAGAAGCAGAGUCAGGACCCGUAUUACCCUACCCACCCACGAAACUACUUUGGGAGCCUACACCAGAAGGACGAGAACCGGCACUCCUUGCAACCACGGCUGAGUACCUACGUCUCUUUUCAGCAGAAACAAGUGGGUCUGAUAAGCCUGAUGUGUUGCGUCAACAGGCUCUCCUCGGCAAUACGAAAGCAGACUUUCCUGCGCCAUUGACGUCCUUUGACUGGAACAGAAUGGAUCCAUCACUGAUUGUGACGGCAUCUGUGGAUACCACCUGUACCGUAUGGGACCUGAAUACGGGACAGGCGAAAACGCAACUCAUUGCACAUGACAAGGAAGUGUUUGAUGUUGCUUUUACGUGCAAUGCAACCGAUAUCUUUGCAAGUGUCGGCGCAGAUGGAUCAGUACGACUGUUUGAUUUGCGUGCGCUCGAACACUCCACCAUCCUGUAUGAGUGUCCCGGCACAGGCACCUCACCGACCCCUGCAACGACGCAUGUAACACAUCCAGCAACAGGUGGCGGCAGCAGUCCUAGCCAAGAAGGUAAAAUGUCACCUCUCCUACGGCUAGCUGCGUGCUCACACGAUGCAAAUUUGCUGGCGAGUUUCCAUGCAGAUAGCAGUGUGGUGCUAAUCUUGGAUAUUCGACAACCAGGACAAGCACUCUUGACGCUGGAUGCGCAUGGUGGGCCUGUCAAUGCUAUUGGGUGGCAGCCUGGGAGUAGGCAUUUGCUGGCUACAGGUGGCGACGAUAAGCAAGUGUUGAUUUGGGAUUUGAAUAAAGCGGGUGUGGGCAGUGCGGCGGGGGUAGCAGCAGCAUCGACAACGGCCUCAAGAAUCAAGGAGCCGAGUCUGGCGUGGCAUGGGGAGGGUGAGGUGAAUUCGCUGAGUUGGCUUGGUGAUGGGAGUCGGCUGGCUGUGUGUCAGGGGCGGACGGUGCAGAGUGUGAAGCUAUGACUGUAUGAGACUGCAUCGUAGACUUGAUGACGCUGUGUCUGUCUACUACAGUGUCUCGAUCAUCUGAUAGCAGAAUCCAUCGCGUGCCAGGAGAAUCAGUCGCGUCGCGUCUCUUUCUCUCUCUCAUUUGCUGCUGCAUGACUUAGCCUAACCCGAAUUCGCCACCCAGAUCCAGCCGCAGAAGAUACAGCAUAGAAGGGAGGAGGG